AUGGACAGUACGAUACCCCAGCAGCCUUCUUCUCGCGAGCUGUCCAGAAGCCCUGAAGAUACAAAAUCAGAAACAUCGUCAGAUGCUUCCCAGUCCUCCUCAGAGCCCACGUACCACCCUCCCCCGUUCAGCUCGCAAGGCAGCAGCAUGGCCUCCUCUCUGAGCCCCUCCUCCGCUCCUCUUGGUCCUACCAACGCAGCAAGAAGGCCCGGGAUGUUUACCAGUCGUGCGAGUGGCCUAAAUUCGGACAUACAGGCAAAGAUGAAGGCAUUUUCUUUAUCCCGACAGGGGGCUCCUCCGCCCUCGGCACAAAAUAUGAGACAGCAGUCUUCUGGUCCUGGCGGAUUUGUUGGCGGUCCAAUUGCUGGACCGCCACCAGUUUCACACACAAACUCUGCGUCCAACCUACGUCUACCUCCGGUGCUUAAUCGCCCGGCUGCCUCGAGCUUCGCUUCUUCGCCGUCCCUAGUCACAGGCAGUCCGCGGGUGGCAAGUCCACGACCUCCUGUCGGUGGGCUGGCUGCAAAACGCGGUCUGAAGCCUGGUGGUCUGAAACUGUCAGAUGCGCAGAAACCUGCACCCGCCGGCCAGGAGGUAGAUAAGCAGGAUACCGGAUCUCAGUUCAGCAAGUACUCAAACAUCAUCGACACUAAGAAGGGCACGUUAAGUUUCAAAAACAAAGCCGUUAUUCAUGGAAGCGGUAUCGACUUCGCAGAGGGCAGCACAUUUGCGAUCUCGUUAGACGAAGUGGAUACUAUCUCUGAGCUGGGAAAGGGAAACUACGGCACAGUCUUUCUAGUACGACAUGCUCGUCCAAAACUGCGGCGGCCUGGCCUGGGCCUGCGCGGUAACAUGGUGCGGCAUUCAUCACAAUCAGUGACAAAACUGGACGAAGAUAUCGGAUCUCACACUCCGACUGCAGGAACGAGUGGGCUUGUCAUGGCGAUGAAAGAAAUCCGUCUUGAAUUGGAGGACUCCAAGUUUGCCGCCAUCAUAAUGGAGUUGGAUAUCCUACAUCGCUGCAUAUCACCCUUCAUUAUUGACUUCUACGGAGCAUUCUUCCAGGAAGGUUCGGUCUACAUAUGCAUUGAAUAUAUGGAUGGCGGUUCCAUCGACAAGCUCUACGGGGACGGCGUACCUGAGGGAGUAUUACGGAAGAUCACGCUGUCGACGGUGAUGGGUCUGAAAUACCUCAAGGACGAACACAACAUCAUUCAUCGAGACGUCAAGCCCACCAACAUCUUGGUUAAUAGCCGAGGUCAAGUCAAGAUUUGCGAUUUCGGGGUCAGUGGCAACUUAGUCGCCUCUAUAGCCAAAACAAACAUUGGCUGCCAGAGCUACAUGGCUCCUGAACGGAUCUCAGGAGGUGGAAUCGCUCAGGUCGGGGCUGGUGGAGGCACCUACAGCGUCCAGUCCGACAUUUGGUCCCUGGGUCUCUCCAUCAUUGAAUGUGCACUUGGCAGAUAUCCCUAUCCGCCAGAAACAUACGACAACAUAUUCAGCCAGCUAAGUGCCAUUGUUGACGGAGACCCUCCAGAUCUGCCAGGAGAUAAAUUCUCCGAAGCUGCGAUCGACUUUGUACGCGGCUGUUUGAACAAGAUCCCGCGACUUCGGCCCACAUAUGCAAUGCUUCUGAGACACGCAUGGUUGGCGCCUAUGAUGAAGCCCCCGACGAUUUCGGAAGAUGAAGAUGGCGAACAAGCCGCCGAAGCUGGCAUUGAGUCUGCCUUCUCCAGCGACAGUGCGCCUGAUACAGCGGACAAAGAAGUGGCCGACUGGGUGGAGGGUGCGAUGGAGAGGAAGAAGGCUGGAAAGAUGGCGGUCAGUAAGAAGCCUGCGUUACAUGAGGCGCCCCUGGACGCCGUGCCUGGGAGUUCUCUGCUCGCCCAGCAAGAAGGACUGCCUCAGGCAGAGGACACGAAUUUGGCACACAUCAAAGCCAAUCCGGGCGUCCCGGUUGACUCUCCGGACUUGACGGCGGAAAACGUCGAGGGUCUAGAUUUUGCUUCUGCUUCAUGA